UUUUAUAUUAGUUAAAAUCAUAUCAACAUUGUUCUAAUAGCCGUAUUAUUGAAAUUUAUGGGUUUACAAAAGAUCCCAAAUUAAAAGAUUAUAUAUUAAUUAUGAGAUAUGCAUCAGACGGAGAUUUACAUAAAUAUUUACAAAAGAAUUUUACAAGUAUUACAUGGAAUAAACAAAAACUACAUAUCUUAUGGCAAAUUUCAGAAGGACUUGAGACCAUUCAUAAUAAAAAAUUUAUGCAUCGAGACUUUCAUAGUGGAAACAUAUUAUUUGAUUCAACAAAUAAUAAUUAUGAUAAAAAUUAUCAAUGGAAAAUUGGAGAUCUAGGAUUAUCACAAGCUGUAAAUAAUAAAUCAUCAAAUCAUGAAAACUAUGGAGUAAUACCUUAUAUUGCUCCAGAAAUCUUUGAAGGAUCAGAAUUUUCUCAGGAAUCUGAUAUUUAUAGUUUUAGCAUGAUUAUGUGGGAACUUACAACAGGUUGUAACCCUUUUUCUAAUAUUAAGCAUGAUGUUCAACUUAUUUAUAAAAUCCUUGAUGGAUUACGACCAAAAAUUACAGAAGAUACACCAAAAUGUUAUGCUAAUUUAAUGAAAAAGUGUUGGCAUCCUAAUCCAAAAAAAAGACCUUCUAUAAAAAAAAUUCGUUUAACUUUCGGUGGUUGGGCAUUUAAAGGUAAAAAUGAAGCAAAAUUUAUUCAAGCUGAAACAAAAAGAAUGGAACUAAUAACAUCAAAGACGAUUGGUCCCGAAUUUGCUGAGAAACAUCACUCAGAAGCCAUUUAUACAAGUAGACUAUUAAAUUCUUUUAUUUCUGAGUAUUCAUCCAUCAAUUUAUCUUUAUCAUCAACGAUCUCAAUUAGCAAUAGUAAACAAGGUAUUAAUUACUAA